AUGUUUGAGGGGAAGGAGAAGCGUCUGGAGCUGAUCCGUGAACUGCGCACCACACACGCUCUGCAGGAGGAGGGGCAACUGCUGAAGAAUGAGGGCAGAGAGGAGACCCUGACCCUGCAGCGGCAGCGGGAACUGGACGAGCACAAAGCCACAGUGCAGGAGGAGCACCUGUCCCGGAUGGAGGGGGAGGUCCUCUCAGAUAUGUUCGACUUCCUCUCAAAAGAGCUCGUCCGCCUGCAAGAAGAACGCAGGAUCCACGCAUUCGCCAUGCUCGCCGAACGCCACCGACGCAUCCGAGAAGCGGAGGAAAGCGGGAGGAGACAGGUGGAGGAGCGGAGGAGACGGGAGGAGGACGAGAUCUUCCGACAGGUUGUGAACAUUCACCAGAGCACCGUGGACUCCUACCUGGAGGACGUCAUCCUCAGCGCCACCCAGGACACGGCGGAGGAGCAGGCGCGGGAGGAGAUCCAGCGCAGGGCUCAGGAGAUCGAUCAUAUCGCUUACCAGAUGGAGAGCAGCCGCACCCAGCUGCAGUCGGAGGAGAUCGUGGCGGAGUUGGUGUACAGUUUUCUGAUCCCAGAAAUGCAGAAGACAGCUGUCCGGGGGAGAGUGAGGAACUCCCAGCGCAGACACCUUGCGGCCGCCCAUCGAAUCAUUCAUGGAAAUGCCGAGGCCUUACUGAGCGCGGAGACGCACCAACCGACUACAGAAGGGGAAGAUGCGCAGUGA